UAACUUGGAUCCACUUACAGAAACUUAUGGGAUUCCUUUUUACUUACAGUACCUUGCCCACUGGCCAGAGUAUUUCAUCGUUGCAGAGGCACCUGGAGGAGAACUAAUGGGUUAUAUUAUGGGUAAAGCAGAAGGCUCAGUAGCUAGGGAAGAGUGGCAUGGACACGUCACAGCUCUGUCUGUUGCCCCUGAAUUCCGCCGUCUUGGCUUGGCUGCUAAACUUAUGGAGUUACUAGAGGAAAUUUCAGAAAGAAAAGGUGGAUUUUUUGUUGAUCUCUUUGUAAGAGUGUCCAAUCAAGUUGCAGUCAACAUGUACAAGCAGUUGGGUUACAGUGUCUACAGGACAGUCAUAGAGUACUACUCAGCCAGCAACGGGGAGCCUGACGAGGAUGCCUAUGAUAUGAGGAAAGCACUUUCCAGAGACACUGAGAAGAAAUCCAUCAUACCAUUACCUCAUCCUGUGAGGCCCGAGGACAUUGAAUAACCAUAGGCAGUGGUUCUUAGGCAGGUGUUCCAGACAAGUUUGUGGACAUAUUAUUUUCAUAGGAUGAUCUUGGAGCUCUAUUAGGAGGAAAGUAAUCAUUUAGGUCUUAAAGACUUCAUGAAAAUACAGGCUAUAAACUUACUUCAAAUCUCAUCGUUCCAAUGAGCAAUAGCAUACAUGUUCAAACUGUUUGCCAUAGUAAAAUUCAAUCAAGGCAGCUAAGUCAGAAGGACACGUUCCACUAUCAUGGUUGACAGUAUGCAGUAUAUGCCAAGGAAAGACUCCCUCCCUCCUCCUAAAUCCUGUGCCUGAGAACCACUGCUGCACAUAUAUAAAUAUAUAUAUAUAUUUUAUUUUGUAUUGAAUUGUUAAUUGAAGCUUUAAAAGCAUAUAUGAAAUGUAUAAAUCUGAGAUGUAUAGUAAAAUACACUGUUGACUAUGAAUGUUUUCUGAAGUUUGUUGUCUUUUAAUCAGGAUUAUGGAGGGUUGUUUAGGAUGUGGUGUCUCUGUUUUGACUUUUAUAUAAAACAUUUGUAAAUGCAUUAUCUGAAAAUUGGCAUACUUAAGCUUCCUUUUUACAGUGUGAAAAUCCUCCCAGAUAAUACCUUUCCUACUGCUGGUCCCAGAUCUCCUCUGCUAACACUGUUCAAUCCUGCCUUUCAAUGUGAGACUAUAAAGGGGAAUAGAUGACAGCUAUGUAUUGAAAUACUCAGGCACUAAAGAAGUAACCAAAAAGUC